CCUAAGAAGCAAAGUUUGGUAAAAAAAAAAAAUGGACAAAAUGUUAGCGUAUUGUUUCGGCAAAAGUAGAACUGAUUCUGAGGAAUCGCUGACCGCGGAUAUUGAAACAGAUCCAGUGUACCUUAAUAAUAACAUGGGUCAUAUUCAAGAGGGUGUUUCAUUCAUCAUAUACGGUGUUCUCAAUACUUGUACCAAUAAGUUUACGAUCGAUUUUGGCUUGGAUAAUGCAAACAAUGAUCUUGCUUUGCGUAUUAUUGGAUCAACGGAAAAGAAUAUCUUGUCACGUAACUCGAGAAUAAAAAAUAAAUGGGGCUGCGAUGAGCUACGAACGAAUUAUCCGUUUCACUUCGAAGCGGGCAGUUAUUUUGAAAUGCAAAUUCUCUUGACAGUUCCGGAAUUCAUGAUUGCUGUCAAUGGUUUUCACGUGUGCAAGUUUACGCAUCGUUUACCCUUUCAUAAUAUUAAAAAAUUGGAAAUACAUGGAUGUAUAAGUGAUGUCGCUGUUGAACGAAAAAUUGUCACUGAAUAUCCGCAACGACCGGACAGCUCGCCGCAUUUCGACCGAUUGACUGAGGAUGCCGAAGUAACCGAAUGCGAGCAAGUUGAUGAAGAGCCUUAUCCUGAAACGCCCGAAUUGAUAUGCGAACCGGAAGGUUUCAUGCCAAUGCCCUACUAUGCUAUAUUCGAUCGGGGAUUUUUUGAUUCCGGAUUCAGUGUAGCCGUCAAGGGUCGGAUAAAAGCAAAUCCGCAAACAAUUACAAUCAACUUGCAAUCCGGUAUUAAUGUGUGGCCGUCACCGACUGUCGCUUUGCAAUUGCAAAUACGUUUCGCUAAAGGGAAAGAUGGUGAGACUGGCGAGCCAACGAUUGCUCGGAACUCUUUUACAGGUGGGAAAUGGACGGGCGAAUUGGUAUCACAAGUGGGCACGGGUUUACGACCGAAUGCCGAUUUUCUUCUCUCCGUUUUGCGCGGUAAAAAAACUUUCGAAAUUUACGUAAACGAUAAGCCAGCCUUUGAAUAUGAAUAUAAAGUAAAUCCGAAAUAUGUCGAUACAGUUUUCGUUUCGGGCGAUAUGCUAUUAUUCGAUAUCGAGAUUGAAAGCGUUUGA